AUGCGCCUGGGGGCGCGUGUGUGCGGCGUCGCGGCGUCUUCGUCGCUUCCGUCACGCGUGACGGUGCCGUGCUGCGGUGCGCUCGGGCACCGCUGCUACGCAACAACACACGCCUCCCCGACCACGGCCGCGGCGGAGAACGGGCAUGCACCGAUGCCGUACAAAUCUACCCACAAGGGCGGCGGCAAGGCGGCGCUACCGGCACGGCAACGCGGUGGCGACAAGCAGGCGGCGGCUGCUGCGGCUGGGGCUCACGGCGAGGCAACUAGCGGCGAGGCGCCGCUGCGGCAGAAGAAUAUCGCAGGGUCAUUUUCGUCGUGUGCGGAGGACGGCGGGGCGGUGUCCAGCCGGCCGCUCUCCCCGCUGCAGCGGCGGCAGCUGCUCUUUAAACACAAGGCAGCCUUUACACUCACCCCGCAGGCCCUCCGUCGGGUCAAGUACCUGCUGAAGCAGCCGCACGAGGGCCAAGAACAGCGGCAGCAGACCCCCGAUGGGAUUCGCAUCGGUGUGCGGCGGCGUGGCUGCAGCGGGUAUAGCUACACAGUCAACUACCACUACCCGGAGGCGGCGCCGACGCCGGCGAGGCCCUCCGACCCGCAGGGGAGCAGCACUGCGGGGGACGGGGCGCAGCGGGGGGAUGUGGUGGUGGAGCAGGACGGCGUGAAGGUGGUGGUCGACGCCAACGCCCUCUUCUACGUCAUCGGGACGGAGAUGGACUACGUCGUGCGGAACGUGGAGGAGAAGUUUACCUUCCGCAACCCGAACCAGAAGUACUCGUGCGGCUGCGAGGAGAGUUUCAUGCCGUUUGACAUUGCUGAGCAGGAAACCAGCUAA